CAGAAUGUGUCAUUCACAUCACAUCAAAACAACAACAGCCGGCACGUGGUAGUCUGAAAUAGGUUGAAGCUAAAUUAAAUUGAUAAAAUGGGAAAGAAAGACAAAAAUAAGAAAAAAGGAAAAGGCGCUGAGAAGACGGCAUUAAAGACCGAUAAAAAACUGGCAGCUAAGCAAAAGAAAUUGCUGCAGAAAAUCGGAGAGGCGGAUAUUUCAGAAAUGGUUGCAAAAUUGGAAGCGGACGAGGCUCUGCGUAAAAGUGUUACCGAAACGAUCGUUCCUCCACCCUCACCACGAAGUAAUUUUUCAUUGUGCGCCCAUCCGGACAAGGAAGAACUCAUUUUGUUUGGUGGCGAAUUUUACAAUGGUCAAACGCUGGCUGUUUACAAUGACCUUGUCGUCUACAACAUCUCGAAAAAUGAAUGGAAACAAGUGCAGACUCGAGCUGGUCCUGCUCCACGUUCCGCACAUCAAAUGGUUUCGGUAGCGAAUGAUGGUGGACAGCUUUGGUUAUUUGGUGGUGAGCUGGCUAGUCCCAGUCAACUACAGUUCUAUCACUACAAAGAUCUGUGGGUCUAUCGGCUAAAUAGUAAGACAUGGGACAAAAUUGCAACCACAACUGGACCGAGUGCACGAAGUGGUCAUCGCAUGGUUGCCAUUAAGAAAAAGUUGUUUGUCUUCGGAGGAUUUUUUGAUUCGAGCUUGUCAUACAAAUAUUUCAACGAUGUGUGGAUGUUCGACUUGGAAACGUAUCAAUGGCAGGAAAUAAAUAUAACUGGCACGAUCAGACCCAUACCAAGAAGUGCCGGCUGUAUGGCAGCAACCAACGACGGAAAAAUUUUGAUUUGGGGUGGCUAUUCAAAAACGAAUGUCAAAAAGGAAGUCGAUCGUGGAGUUACGCAUGGUGACAUGUUUUGUCUAGCACCAGAGAAGAGCGAUCCAAAGACCUGGAAGUGGACAUCGGUUAAGCCUGGUGGCUUUAAACCUGUUCCCCGCAGUGGUGUAAAUGUUGCAGUCGCUCCCAACGGUAAAGCCUACAUAUUCGGAGGUGUUUUGGACGUAGAUGAGGACGAGGAAAAUUUAUCCGGAAAUUUUAGCAAUGAAAUGCAUUCGAUUGAUUUAGCGUCGUUUGCAUGGCGUCAGAUCGAACUCAGCGGAAAGAAGGAUAAGAAGAAGUCGAAAAAGGGUGAAAAAGACGUGGAAAUGGAAUCGGUGGAGGAGAAAAGUGAAGUUGCAACUGUGUCAUCAGAUGGUGUAUUCACAAUGGUUGUCGGUGGUUCAGUAGACAAAUCAGCUACAGUGAGUAAAAUCGACGUGAACACUUGUAACACUCCAUCACCUCGAAUGAAGCCUGGUCUGGUCGUGUGCAAAGGAACACUGUACUUAUAUGGCGGUGUUUUCGAGGAUGGUGACAAACAGUACACUUUGUCGGAUUUCUAUUCGAUUGAUCUUCACAAGUUGGACGAAUGGAAGACAAUAAUUGGACAUGAUAAAAAUGCGCAUGAGUGGAUGGACUCAAGCAGUGAAGGAUCGUCGGACGAAGACAGCGAUGAUGAUGACGACGAAGAGGAUGAUGACAGUGAUGAUUCGGAUGAAAUGGACACUGAUUAAAAUAUUCAAAAAUGCAA